AUAUCGGUACAAUGCUUAAAAUACCAAGUUUUUCGAGAUAUUUCUCAUCAAUAUCCCAAUGAUGAACCAUUUAGCAGAAAGAAAAUGUUGCAGAUAGGUGCCUUCGCAUUGUUAUGGAUUGCCUGUUCCGCCGAUAACUUCUACCCAGACAACGACACGUACAGCACCGUCCCCGGCAUCGCGGCGUAUCGCUCUGCUCUGACAUUGGACUGGCUGGACAAGGGCUCCCAGCAACGAAAGUUCGCACAUGCAUUCGGGACUGACAACCCCAAACUCUCUAAAGACUUGGAUGUAUCGGAUUGUAUGGAUUAUACGAGGCCCGCUGCAGGGAAAAUCUCCAGGCUUAUGCUAGAGCUGUUGAAAAAUCUCGAAAAUGAUGAUGGCGUCAUCCAAGAGUUAGCUCAGACGUUAGCUCGGACUAAGCUGCUCAUGCCAACCUCGAAGUUGGAAGUGGAGCCAGAUUUAGCAGCUCUUGUACAUACCCCGCAGCUCAUGCAGGGCGAGCCCCAUGACACCUUGCCGAGGGUGCUGGCUGCGGUGUGGAUGCUGGCCGAAGACCCUGGCAUCACCAAGGAUAAUGGCUGGUGCCCCAUUGAACAGCUGACCCAGUACUUGGACUCGGCCACGCCUGUGGAGAUCGCAGUACGCAUGCGCGCGGUGGAUCCUAUCCUCUCGCGCGCACGUUUCAUACUAGAAGACUUUUUGCAGAGUCUCGCGCCUAUGAGCAUCAAGUGGAAGGUGCCCACUAUGCUAAUCAUGUCAACUUCCAGAUACGACUUUAGUAAAAAGAGACUCCAUAAAGAGAGAGCUGUAAACUCCAUAAAGUCGCCUACGCAAACAAUUGAUCCCCGUUUGGUCUCCAACAUGCCCCCCACUGGGACGACCCAGGCGACACCCGUUAUGGGGAAUGAUAUUAUUCUGGAUGACGAAGAUCAUAUAAUAUAUGGAAAAUGA